AUGCGGCCGGCGCCUGCGCUCCUCCUGCUCCUGGGCCUGGGCUGGGGCUGUGGCCACCGUCCUCCGCCCCAGGCUCCUCGCGGGGCCCCGGCCGUCUCAGCCCUCGUCCCUGGGGCGCCUGCCGCGGCCCACGACUCCAAGGCCGGGCCUCGCGUCCCGGCACAGGGCGAGGUAACCACGCCGCGCUCAGUCGGGGGCGCCCAGGGCCUCGGGCUACCCGGUGGCCACACUCACCUCAGCCUGCGGCCACGCCGGGCCCUGCGCGGUGGCGUCCUGAGCGACGGCAGCCUCCGCCUCUGCUGCUUCCGCGGCCCCGCGCGGUGGCCACGCUGGCGCCGCGCCCCACGCUCUGCGCCCGCCCACGCGGACUCGCACCUCUCGGCGCCCGGCGGCCAGCCCUCCCGGCAGGGGCUCACCCACCCGCGGCGCUCGCUCUGGCCUGGCAGCCGCAGGGACGCGCCCUCCGCCUCCAGCGGGUUGCCCCGCUCCACCCCGCCUGGUGGCCCUCACCCCAGUGCGGGCUUCGUGACCCCAACCCAGUGCCCUACAGAUGCUCUUAGGUCUGUCGUUUCAGAAGCCGUCAACUCAGAUGGCUCCCCAGCCCCGGACUCUUCAGUGUCCUGUCCACUAUUAAGACAGGGGACUUGCGUUAUCAAAAAGCUAAAGGUCAACUCCUAUAUAGGCCGUCCCCCCCUGUUGUUGACCAGGGACAAGAACAUUUCCCUCUACGCCACCCUUUCGUAUGACUGCCCGUCACUUCAGAGCAAACACACUGACUGGAGCGUCUUUUCCACGCCCUCUCUGAUUAAGGAGCCCGACUGGACCAAGCCCUUGGUGAUACCGACGCUCCAGGUCGGGAACGACCCCACGAUCGUACACGUCCUCAAGAAUACUUUAUUUUUGGGGGUGUACGUGUUCAGAUUCUCAGUGAGCCUGGUCACGGCAAGCGGGCUUGUGGUAGAAGGCUCAGAUCAUGCCUACGUCUCCAUCGUCAGUAAUUUCCUGAGGGCGGUUAUUCUUGGAGAUGCCGACAUAAAGAUUAAUUUCACAGAUGGGCUGGUUCUGAAUGGAUCCACGUCCUCUGACCCAGAUGUGGACAACCCUUUGGAGGGACUCCUGUUUUCUUGGUACUGCACCACAAAUCCAAAAAACUACAACAGAAAUAAAAUAAACGUGAUAAGCAAGGACGUCUGUCUCCCAGAGCAGGGUGAUCUCGAGUGGACAUGGGCCUCUGGCCCUGUGCUGACGGUUUUGCCAGAGACGCUGAAAGGCGACCAAGUCUACUUUUUCAGAAUGGUGAUAAAGAAGCAUCACAGAACAGCAUUUGCUGCUAAAAGGGUCCAGGUGCUCCAAGGACCGACACCUGCAGCACAUAUUUCAUGUAUUGAAAAUUGUGAUGCGGUUUUGGUGAUAUCAGACAGAUUCUCUUUGUGUCUAAUUUGCACAAAUUGUUUAACAAGCCGAGAUGUGUAUAAGUGGUCGAUCCUGUUGCCUUCAGGGGGUGAGAUAGGGUUUGACUGGACGGGACAAACGUCGACGGGGAGGAAUAGCAGUUAUUUGUCCAUAAAAGCUUUUGCUUUCAAGAACUUUUUUGAAGCUAAGUUUUGGGUUUCUUUAGAUCUAGCAGCUUGGAGUGGAGUGACCACAGUCCUCAGGUAUCCCUUUAUCAUUAACUAUGCCCCUGAAAUUGGAGAAUGCAACAUUAAUCCAACUAAUGGAACUGCAUUUUUCACUAAGUUUAUUGUCCAGUGCAGUAACUUUAAGGAUCAGAACGUCCCUCUUACGUAUAAAAUUAUAGUAUCUGACUUGUACGGUUUUGCUGAAAUCAGUUCUUUGAAAGAGAACACUUUGGGGCCCAUCUUGUAUAUGGGCAACAAGCCCACGUCGCCCCCUUCCUUCCUCCCUGUCAGUAUGCUGGACCGUCAACUCGCCACUAAGAUUUUUGUCCAGGUGUAUGACUCUCUGGGAGCUUUUGCUCAGGUGACUUUGCACGCCAUGGUACAGGCUCCGACUGACAGGGACUCACCCGAGUCCGUGCUGCAGCGGUUACUGAACUUCACCACGGGACAGAGUUCAGAGAUGGCUACUUUGCUUCAAAAGCAGGAAUUUUUGCCCGCAGGCUACUUAACGUACGUAGCAGCCUCCGUUUUGAAUAGCGUGAAAGCUGAACCAGGUCUGCAGGAGGACAGAGCCAGGCUCCAGGAACACCUCGUCAACCAGUCCGUCGUGCUCCCUAUGAAUUCCCUGGAGGAAGUCAGCCAGGUAGUCACGGCCAUCACGAAAUUAACCCAGGACACGUCCGCCUUCCGUCCCGUCUCUCGGAAACUCGUCACGGGGAGGAUUUGGCAAGCGAACCAAGCCCUCCAGCAACAUCAACAGAACGAUGCAAACUCCCGCUCUGAACAAAUAGAAAUCGUGAGCACUGGGAUAUUAACAAGCGUGUCCAACAUCCUUAAAAUGAGUACUCACCACCAAAUCGUCGAUGAUCCCUUCUACGUCAUACAGUCUCUAGCAGAGACAAUAUUGACCAGUAAAGUGCCGGGUAAUGAAACCACUGUCACAACAACCUCCAGCUUCAACAUGUACAUCCGGAAAGUGGAAAGGACAGUUGCUACCAACGUCUUAGGCGAUGAGAAACACAGUCGGAAUCGUUUUCAUCCGACGCUCAAUACGAGCAGGGUCCCCGGUUUGUCCGCAGACGCUCAGAUCUCUAUGGUGUUUUGUGAGUUUGCAGAUGACCCCUUUCCUUGGUUAAACGACCAGGAGAGCCCCGGGACAGAUGUGGUUGGGUUCAGAGUGACCGGGGUUCAGGCUACCGGGCAGGUGCUCGAGAUCACCCCCGACGUGGCAGACGUCUACCUGGCCAGAAAAAACUUGAGCUCUGCAGCCUUUAAGCUCACGGUGGGCCCCGACAACGAGCCCGACAAGGUCGAGGUUUUGAGACAGACAACAGGGGCGUUCAGGUUUGAAGUGGACAGCAGGGAGGUGAGGGAGCUGCUGGUUCACGUCGUGACGGAGGUGACCGUGCUGUUCACCGUGCUGGUGUACGCCGGCAGUCAGAUCGCCCUUGCUGCUCUGGUGGCCACCUUCCUCGUGCCCCAAGAUAUCCCUCCAGUGGCCCACCAGAACGGCCUGUUCGACGCAGCCUGUCCAGUCAAGAUGGCCCGUGUGCUUUGCCUCCCGCCGUCCUUGCUCCGAGUCAUCGCUCAGCGGGGCGGCUCUUCCGAGUGCACCAUAGUCAUGGUGCUCCAGGCACCGCAUUUCGUCAUGCAGCCCAGCGACAAGCUGGUGAGAAUUGCUCUUUUCAGUGUUCGCUGCCUGGACAUGUAUGGGAUCCAGAGGGACUGGAUCGAGGACACCUGUGUCCUCGGGGAGACGACCACCUGGGACAGGGUGCACUGUGUCUGCAAGAACGCAAGGAGGGCCAGGCGGCAGCUGGACGCCAUAAGGCUGGCCAACAUCCGCCUGCGCAUCCGGUACCUGACGGCCAAGGUGAUCGUGCCCCCUAACCCUGUCGACCUGCGCUUAGAGGUCAUCAAGAAGGUCGCCCAAAAUCCCGUGACGGUCUCCACCGUUUUCUUCAUCAUGGCCUCGUAUAUAGUCCUAGCCUUCUGGGCCUUGCACAGAGAUGAGACUGACCAGUUUGUUUGGGACCAUGUGAUUGUUCUACCCGAUAAUGACCCUUACGAUGACGUAUGUUACCUCAUCACUGUUUUCACGGGAAGCCGUUGUGGGUCUGGGACCAGGGCCAACGUCUUUGUCCAACUUAGGGGGACAAGCAGCAGCAGCGAUGUGCAUUGUUUAAGCCACCCGAAUUUUAAGACCCUCUACCGGGCAAGCAUCCACACGUUCCUCCUAACGACCAAAAGUGACCUGGGGGACAUCCGCUCCAUCCGCGUCUGGCACAACAAUGAGGGCAGGGCCCCCAGCUGGUAUUUAAGUCGCGUCAAAGUGGAGAAUCUGUUCACCAGGCACAUCUGGCUGUUCAUGUGUCGGGAGUGGCUCUCCGUGGACACCUCUUUGGACAGAACGUUUCACGUCACCGACCCCAAUCAGCCUCUGCAGACGGGGGACUUUUUCCUGAUAGACGUGACUGAUAAGCUAGGGAAAAAUCACAUGUGGUUUUCUGUUUUCGCCAGCGCCACCACCCAGGGCUUCACUCGGGUCCAGAGGCUGUCCUGCUGUCUGGCGAUGCUGCUGUCUUCCCUGAUGUGCAACAUCAUGUUCUUCAACCUGAACACGGAGGAGGAGGACAGCGACCAAGGCAGCCGGUACAUCCGAUCGAUGGUCAUCGGCUUGGAGAGUGUCGUGAUUACCAUCCCUGUGCAAGUCAUGAUCACCUUUUUGUUCACCUACUCCCAGAGGAGGCCUCGGGUGACACUGGAGGAGGUGUCCCCUCGGCAGCCUCCCGCGGUGGAGGCAGGGAGACACUGGGAGGAACGCUUGGAGAAGUGGCAUGCCCAGGAAAUCACAAAGGCCCUCUCCAAGGAGGCUGACAAGCCCACAGAUCCGGGGUUCCUGAAGUCUCCUGUGAAGAAGACCUCCAAAGCAAGUCGCCGGCAUAAGAAAGCAAAGAGCAAGGACUCAGGCACCCACAGAACAGAUACAGAUACAGACACAGAUACAGACACAAAUGUAAAUACAAAUGCAAACACAAAUACCAAUGCCAAUGACAAAACCGAGAACGCCAGUCCGGAGGGUCCUUCAGCAGAGCCGCCCCCCCCAGCGGACCCUCCACCCUUCACCGAGAAGCCCAGGAUCACUCUGCCUUCGUGCUGUGUUUACCUCGCGUGGUUCUUGGUUUUUGCCACCUCAGGCGUGUCCUCGUUCUUCAUCGUGUUCUACGGCCUGACAUACGGCUACGAGAGGUCGAUAGAGUGGCUGUUCGCGUCCUUCUGCUCAUUCUGCCAGUCCAUUUUCCUGGUGCAGCCGUCAAAAAUCAUAAUCCUGUCAAGCAUCCGCUCCAACAGGCCCAAGUACUGUAAAAACCUUCCGUGGGUCAGCAACUAUCGCUACAGCGAGAUCCGGCUCCAGGACCUCAGGCUGCACCCGGAGGAGAUGCGCAUGCGACACAUGCAGGUCGCCCACCUUCGCAGCACCAGCAUGUACCAGCCUCUCACCAGAGACGAAAUCAGGAUAUUCAAGAGGAGGAAGAAGGUCAAGAGGAGAGCUUGGCUGUUCCUGAGCUACGGCCUGACUCACUUCGUCUUCCUAGCCCUUCUGCUGAGCCUCUCCGCCCUCCUCCAGCACACCGACAGCUUCCGCUACAACCAGUUCAUCCGCGGCCAGUUCUCCGUGGACCUGGCUGCAGUGACCACGCUGGACGACAUCUACAGGUGGCUCGACAGCGUGCUGCCGCCGCUGUUCCACAACGACCGGACGCCGACGUUUCUCCCCGACAGCUCCUCUAAAAUCCUCGGCCUGCCGCUGAUGAGGCAGGUGAGGGCAAAGCUCAGCAGGAAAGUUUGUCUGUCCGCCAGCCGUGUGCCUCCAAACAGCAUCGAAGGAGAGAUUCACUGUCAUCCCAAGUACGGCACCGACCUCGAAGACACAGACAACUACUCCGGCUCUUGGAAGAAAGUCGGCAAGCAGGUGGCCGACAAGAACACCAAAGGGUUUACUUACAAGCCUCCAGAAAAGAGGUGGGUGUACCACUCCUACGGACUUCUUCACACCUAUGGGUCGGGGGGGUACGCGUUCUACUUUUUCCCAGACCAGCAGCGGUUCAAUUCCACGGUGAGGCUCAAGGACCUCCAGAGCAGCGGCUGGCUGGACGAGAAGACGUGGGCUGUGAUUCUGGACCUGACCACCUUUAACCCGGACGCCAGCCUGCUCUGCAGCGUCUCGGUCCUGUUCGAGGUCUCCCAGCUGGGCGUGGUGAACACAAGCAUCUCUGUGCACUCCUUCUCCUUGGCCGACCUGGACAGGAAAACGUCAGCAGAGGUCUACCUGUACGCGGCCGUCCUCGUGUUCUUCCUGGCCUACGCCGCCCACGACGUGUACAUCAUAACCCAGGAGAGGGCCUCCUACGUGACCAGCGUGCAUAAUGUCCUCAACUUCGCCCUCAAGUGCCUCUUCGUCGUGUUGAUUGCGCUGUUUUUCAGGAAAUACAUCCUGGCCACCGGCAUCACUCACCUGUACGCAUCGAACCCGGUGGAUUUCAUUCCCUUUCACGCCGUGUCUCAAGUGGAUCACGCCAUGAGGGUCACUCUGGGUUUCCUGCUGUUUCUGACCAUCUUGAAGACCCUCGGGUAUUUCAGAUUCUUUUAUGAAGUGCGCCUGGCUCAGCGGGCCAUCUGGAUCGCCCUGCCCGGCAUCUGCCACGUGGCGCUCCUGGUGUCCCUGUGUCUCUUUGUGUACGUGGCUUUCGGCCACCUGGUGUUCGGGCAGCAUGAGUGGAACUACAGUAACUUCAUCGACGCCACUCAGACAGUCUUCUCCUACUGCGUCUCAGCUUUUCGCAACACAGACUUUUCCAACAACAGGGUCCUCGGGGUCCUGUUUCUCUCCUCGUUUGUGCUGCUGCUGAUCUGCGUGUUGAUCAGCCUGUUUAAGGCCGUGAUUCUGCCCGCCUACGAGGACAUGAGGCAGCCCGUGUACGAGGAGCCGUCCGAGGAGGUGGAAGCCAUCGCCUACCUGUGCGGCAAGCUCAGGGCUCUGCUCGGCGUCCUGUGCUUUCGGCCCAAGGCCCCGAAGGAGCCUGUGUUGUUUGCGGACAUGCUCUACGGGAAGCCAGAGGCGCACAGCCGCCGCUACCUGGGGCUGAAGACCAGGCGCAUCAACGAGAGGAAGAUGGUGUACCUGGUGGUGUGA